CUGGUGAGUCGCUGAUUGGACCGACGAUUAGCUCCUGCCGGUACCGAAACCAACCAUUGAGUUAGCUGGCUAGUUGGCUAGCUGACGUUGCGUGACAGUUGUCGCUGGUGGUGGUUUGACAUAUCGGGGAUUGACCUUGUGCGCCGGUUUCACCACCCAUUUUUCUUUAGCACUAGCCAACGGAAUAAUUUCAGAAAUCCCUACUCUGUUACCAUGUGUGCUAAACCCAGUAGCUGCUAAAUGUGCAUGCCGUUUUGCGUUCAACAGUAGUCAAAGCCUUUUCAUUUGAGCAACAUUUGAGCAUGCUUGUGUCCAGUUUAGGAAAGCGAGCCGGCUCCACUGGAAUGUUCUCAGCUGCCAUUUCCUGUCGGCCAUGUUAGAAUAUCACUGCGAGCUAAUGCUAUAGUUACCUGGCUAUAAAUAAAUAAAAAAGUACAACCACGAUACUUUGCUGUACUGGCAUGUCGUUGUCGUCCUUUGCCUACUUGUGUCGCUGGUGUUAGGCGGCUAUCUUACGCCACAACCAACCAGGGCGUGUUAAUGCUAAACCAGUGGCUGGCUAGUUGACAUUAGCCAUAGCUAGUCAUCUCUGACAGGCCUGUUGCAUGUUGUCCAGUCAACGUGAAGCCACGCAGCAACUCUAUUGCAAUAAAAAAAUAAACAUCAGUGAGGAAGAGGGGGAGAAGAAUCCGCAUCUGUCUGAUACUGUUUGUAUGUCGCAUCCCCCCAACAGCAAUGGUAACAGAAACGCAAGUAUUCCAAAUGUGAAGCUGAAGUCAACACAAAAGCUGUACACGCCUGUUCCAAAAGUGAGCAGCAAAGGACUGGAUCAUAAGAAGAAUAUGGACCUUAAAACUGACAAUGAAAAGGCAGUGGAUUUGAUACAUGAUGAUGGCCAACCUUUGGAUAAGAAAGACUCUAUGUUGCUUCAAAAUGGCGUUGUAAACUGUGGCUAUAUUACAAAUGGCUAUUCUAGCAAGGACAAUGAUGGCAGCGGCUCCGAAGGUGGAUAUACUACUCCGAAGAAACGCAAGGCCAGAUGUAACAAUGCCAAGAACACUGAUAAUGUGAUAAGAGAAAGGGAGAGAGACAUGCAGCAGGGCAACACUACAGAGGAGCAUGGGGCUUUGAAUCUUGAGACAACUGAGAAGGGAGUGACUUCCAGACUUGAUGGCUUCAGAGCCCAUAAAGUAGAAGCCCAGUCAGCAGCUAGACGGGCUAUCGCGACAGACGCUUCAUUGGGUGAAUCUCAGAGGAAAAACUCUGAUGGCAAAACAGUUGGCACCUUUGGUAAAAAGACUGAGGAAAGGCCCAAAGCCAAACUUUCCUCGCCUUCAAAAGAGGACCCAUGGACUUUGUUCAAGCCCCCUCCAGUAUUUCCUGUGGACAAUAGCAGUGCUAAAAUUGUUCCCAAGAUCAGUUAUGCAAGUAAAGUAAAAGAAAACCUCAACAAAGUAGCCCAAGGUGGAGGAGAGGCACUGCCUCCUCCUGUCAGACUGUCACAGGUCCCUAUGUCUGCUCUGAAAACUAUCACCUCAGCUAGCUUUACUAAUGGUCCUGUUUCUGGAAAUGGAAACAGCUGCCCAUCAGUGGGUACCUUCUUUGCUCCUGCUGCUAGUAGUAUUCCAUCAGCCCAAUCUAUCCCAAGUGGCGAGAAUGUAGCAUCACCUUUGGAAAGUAACUGUAGCUCUACAACUAGUCCAGUAGAUGGAGAAGCAUAUGAGCUUAGAAAGUGUACUCUUUUAAUUUACCCUUUAAAUAUGCAACCUGUGCUCCCUAGCGCUCGUCACCUUGACCCUCCGGCUGCUCAGACAAAUCAGAAAGCCUUGGGAGAUAUCUUCCAGAAUCAGUGGGGGCUUUCCUUCAUAAAUGAGCCCAACUUGGGGCCAGAAGGAGGAAAUGGCCAGGUGCUCGCAGAGGACAAGACUACUGUGGUCACUCCUCAAAGCGAGUGCCAGGCUGUCGCAUCCAAGGCUGCACAGCCCUGCUUUGAUGUUGGCCCAUCAUUUUUAGAGCCUGGCACUUUAGCUGAAGACCCCGAGAAAAGGACUUGUACACCUUGCAAUGUGUCUAAUGCUUGUUUUCCUGCUUGUGCGAUGAGCGAGGAGAACAAGCAACAGCCAUGUGGCCAGGAAAAGAAAGUUGAGGCCAAGGGUGCGGGUUAUUCUAUGUUGGUCCCCAGUAAAGACAACGGUGCUAAGCCUGCACAGGGCCAACAAACCACUUUGUUGUUUGGCUCAUCUAAAGAACAGGCCCAGUCUAAAGACAUUGGCAGAAGGUGUAGCUGGGGAUCCUUUGAUGUUAAAGCUGCUGUUACUUAUCACACUAAAGAAAUGGAAUCCAUUUUCAACUUGCAAAAACAAGAUCCAAAAAGAGUAGUUGUUUAUGAUGAGACCAAGGAUGGACCUGAUCAGUGAGGUAGAUCGUCUACAGUACUUACCUUCUUCUCUUCUGGGUGCUGCAGUUAUCUACCUUGGAAAUCAUAAAUCCUGUUGGACAGAAAUGGGGACAACUGUGAAAACACUGAUAGUUUAGCAUGAAAGAUUUUCCUUGGAAUCUCGGGUGGAGUGACAGACUUCUUUAGGGGCAUCAGACAAACGCACACACUCUGGAGGGAUGUUAGAGAAACUGACUGGUGCCUCUCCAAUGGACACUUGCAACUUUUGUGCUGUGAUAAUCGUUUGUCUCAUGACUCUUUAGGAUGAUGUUCGGGAGUUCAACAAAGGAAGGUGUCAUGGAUUGCACCUCCCUAAGCCUUUAUCUUGUUGAAAUGCGACAGAUGUCAGUCUGACUAUGGGACGCCUCUGUCAUUUUUUCUUUCUUCACGCAUUCAAAUGAGUUAAUUGCAGAUAUGUUAGACGUUAUACAUCUGGGUGCGAGCUUGAAUCUGCCGUGGAAGAAAGGAGAACACACUUGCACAGAAUGCCUUGACGUUGUGGUAGAAAGAUCUUUGGAGAUCCUGUUAAAAGUCAGAGGUGAGGUCCCAUCCAGGAAGGGAGAACAUUGUCUUAAAUCAUUUAGGGGAAAUCACAGCCCAUAUUUCAUGCUUGCUUUUUCUUUUAUACUGUUUUGUCUGACCUAUCAUGAUGAGCGUUACCUGCACUGCAGUAUCAUCCCAGAGCACAGGUACAGAAAUGCCCAGUUUGAAGGAAAGCUGCUGUACGGCGCUUCAUUUCUUUGUUUAUUACAGAUAUGCUUAUUUUUCAGGUCCGUUAAAGUCAAAACCUUUUUACCGUAGAGCUUUUCAUACAUUUCAUGCAAAUUGUUAUGAGGUCAGCGCAGACUAUUCUUAAAUUCAGAUUUGUAAUCCUUCUAAUAGAUGAAUCCUGAGUUGAGAAAUGAACCAGUUGACAAAUUGUUUAGCAGGAGAUAUCGCCACCAAUAAGGUCUUCUGCAUUUUGUGCUAUUUGUUCAGCAGCAAGACUCAGGAUGGCCAUGCAGAUUAUUUUGCCUGCAUUUCUGUCUUCAUUUAAAAAAAAAAAGUGUUUUGGUUCCUCUUGUCAAAAGGAACACGUGUUGCAUUCUAUGACUUAGAUUUUUGUUUUUCUGACUCAGCGUUUGGUCUUUCCUUUUCUGUCUCAUGGCAUUGUAUUUCUUGCAUGUUUACUGGUGGAAAUGAAUCGCCAUAGCCACACAAAGAUAACAGUAACACAACAAUUGCAAUACUAAUCUAGGUUCCUCGACUAGCCACUUUGUCAAACUGUGUUGAAAUGUGAAGAUGGGUUGUAUGCUUUUUUUUUUUUACUGUGGAUAACAUUUUACAAUUGCAAUCCAGUGUGCAAUAUCGCCGUGUGAUCCAUACAGUGUCUGAAAUGAGUUAUGUGGACCUGCAAAUCAUCACCCAAGAUGCUGGUGUGGCCUGCAAAUUCUUCCACAAUUUUGUUGCAAAAGAGCUCAUGUUGAAAGAUCUCAUUAAGUCUAGGGAGCCCAAAUUUGCUGGCUACUGACUGGUCAGCUGUGACAUCACUUUCAUUGACAUCUCCAAAUCAGGAUUGGUUAUACUCAACAUAACGAAGGAACUGUCCCGGUUUCUUUUCUCUAGAAGAUAUGAUUUGGUUAAUGUGUGGAUUAAUAGCACUUUAUGUAAACUAAUUGCUUUUAUCUUUUAAUUGCUAGAGAGAUCUAUAUGUACUGACGAAGAAAUACUCAUUGAAAGAAAUGGCUCUGGGCUGUUACUUUUCAAAAAAAAAAAUAAAAAUAAGUUGAUGAAUACAGAAUUAUUAAAUGUAACUCAGGUAGUGUUGACAAAGCCAUGACUGUGUUAUGAAUAUUGUUUUUUUUUUGCCAAAUGGCCCCUGUCAUGUAAUGUUCUCAAAAAAAUUGGAAAUGUUGAAUUGGAGUCCUAUUAUAUAGAGUCUCAUAUGAUAUGACAAAACACCAAAUAAUUGUGAGGAAAACUGUCAUGGCAUGCAAGGUGCUGGCAUUGAUCAUUUUGGGCUCUAAAAAUAGAAGUUGUCCUGUCUAUUUCCCAACUUAAAAAAAUAAAAAAUAAAAAAAAUAAAAAGGGAGGGGGGUGGGGGAAGCACAUUGCUCCAUGCUCCAUUUUCAAUGUAUACUAGACUUCUUGCAAUCUUUGAAUGGUUGGUUGAUUUUUCUCACUCAUGUCUUCAUAGUGAAGCACCUCUUGAUUUGUUAUUGUUGAACAUCAGAGAUGUUUCUGUGGGUUAGCUAGAUCUGGGUACGAGUUUUCAAGUACACUUCUUUCCACUGUGUGCUGAUUAGGCAGCACCGCAGCUCGUACUUGUGUGCAGAGGAAAGGGGGAAAGUCAGAACUGCAGCCAGUUGUCUUGACAUUUAACGUCCAUGCCUGAUCUCAGCCAGCUCUCGGGUAUUUAAAAUGCAUUGGGUUUGGGUUUUUUUUUUUUUUUUUCUCCCUUCUUCUUUUGGCUUCCAUUGUGCAGCGUGUGAUGGAUGAGUGUAUCAUCAGACACUGCCCUCCGAAUAAGAAUAAUUGCAUUGGAGCUGGUCGAUGAGGAAGCAAGGGUAAUUGAGGAGAUAUUAACCAUUGGCAUUUAGACAUUUUUUUAAUGUUUGAGCUGUGCUUGUGGAAAUUGACAUUUAAUCAUAAAUGUCAUAAAGUUACACACAACUCUCAAUUUCAUUUCUUCCGAAUGCCCAUGAUCUAUAGACAAAGUGACAUAAUCAGGUUCCCAUAUGGUAAAUGCGAAGUCAAUAGACAGUGAUGCAUCUAUAGGCUUCUAACUGUAAAACAGGGUGAUCAAAAUAAGUAGUAUGUGACGUUACUGUAGUCUUACAACCUUUUUCCUUUUUUAAAAAUGUCUUCUUCUUUUUUAUUAUUUUUUUUUUUUUUCCUGAGAGGAUGGACAUGUACAGGGAAAUCAGAGAACCUCUCAUCCUCCCACCCCGAGGCUCCUCUUUUUCAAGCACUUAAUACAGCGAAAAAAGGCUAUGGUGAAUAUGCAUUUAUAAAGAUAGAACUAUUAUUUAGCAUUGUAGUCUGGAAGCCAAAAACAGGUUAAUCAGUAAUUUGGGGUGGGGGGGUGUUAAGUGACUGACUGACUGUUGUGGUGUGUUCAAAGGAAAGCCUGACCACGUGGAGUUUGUAUUUCCACCCCCUCAGGAUGUGCAGUAGUCACCUUGAGGAUGCUUAUGCAGGCUUCCAGGUGACGAGUGUGGCCUCGCUGUUUUGUGGGCGUGUGCGUAGCGACUUCUUGCUAUUAUAUGCAAGUCCCCUGCCCCACCCCCCUGUUGUUUAUGUUCAGGGUGUGUGUGUGUGUGUGUGUGUGUGUGUGUGGGAACUUAACAGCAAUUUUGAUUGUUUAAAAUCUGCUUCCAGCAUAUAUCCGUGCCAUUUUUGUCUUUUUUUUUCUCCUUACAGCUGAUCCUACUUUCUUCUUUUUAAAGCGACAUGGACGCAGCUGAGAGCAGUGAGCAUUUCAUGUGUGUUGUAGGGUUUUGAAAAAUUUCACAGCUUGUGUUCAGAAUUGCGUGACCUCAGCCAAAAUCAGUUUGAAUGGGACGGAUGACAAACUCUUGCUGGUGUAUACUCAUGUCAGUCCAUUGUCAAGUUAAUGUCUGAAGUAGCACAUAAUUGAUUUGAACUGAUUUAAAAAAUUUAAUGUUUUAACAUGUUUUUAUUCUCUGAGUGAUAACCCAAUUUAUCCAUAGUUGCACAAGUAGGAUGAGACAAAAAGGAAUAAAUGAUACAGAAAAUCAA